UUUUUUUGUUGCUAUACAAGAAACCUAGCUACCUGAAGGUUAGUAAAACGACAUGGGGUGCUGUAUAAGGUUCAGAAGCCUUCUUCUUGGGCUUUUGCUCUCUUUGGUUGCUCUUGGAGACUCGAUUGCUGACAACCACCAUGAGAUCAGGAUGGGAGCCAGCAACAAUCAGGCAACUGGUGGCGAAAAGGUACUCCAUGACAAGGUCAGGACAGUUGCCACAACCAGAAGCAAAUGGCUAAGAGGAAGGAAGAUGGGUGCAAAAGAGGUGGAGAAGAAACAUGUGGUGGAAGCGAAGGGCCCGAUGAAAACAGGUGCAAACCUUUCUGCUGGAAAAUGUGAUCAUGGAGGGAAGAGGAAGGUGAAGUUAGAGAGUGGGUUGAGUGCUGGAAGCAUCCCUUCCAGGGUCAAAUUGGUUGAUAUGAUACCUCUCAGUUCUGAUUAUCAUGCCCCCAAAACCCACCCCCCAAAGAACAACUGAAGCCUGAAGGACAAGGCUCUUAUGCCACUGACUUACAGAUGAGGCUUUUUUAAGUUUUAUUUUCUUUUUUUUUUCUUUUCUUAAUGACAACAGGAGAGAACCCUCAUAGUGUAUUGUUAUGAAACGGGCUUUUGAUGUUUAAAUGAAUCUUUUUUAUAUAUA